AGCUUGCUGUCGUUUUCCAUGCGCAACAUGACGAGCCUGAAUAAGAACAUGGAAAACUCGGUGGGCUACUUCUUCGAGAGCGCCUCCUACUCCAACGAGGGCAGCGACCUCACGCUCAAGUUCUUCAUUGAAAACAGGAAAGCGCUGCUGGACAAGUAUGGGCAGAGCCCGUCGCUUAAGGACACCAUCUGGUUUGCGAUACAAGGCAUUCGCAAAAGUGAAGACCUGAAACAGAUGGAGCACUUCUUGGCGACCAAUGUGGAGAGCAAGAAGGCGGGCAAGAAGCUGACGCGCACUUUCCAGACGGCGCUGGAAUUGGCCAGGGCCAACAUCAACUGGGUGCGCAAGAACGCACGGGUCAUCGAGAACUGGCUCGACAACAGGCUCGCCCACGCAGACGACGCCAAGAGCGAUGGCCGGCCAGCAGCCGGAGCAUAACAUUGCUGUUUGAGGCGCAGAUUUGACCGAAGAAUAAAGCCCGCCCAUGU